AGACAGUCCAGUGAGCUUAUCAGUUUGCGUGCGGCUGCUGUGGAUCGUGUUGCAUCUUGUGUUUCGUGUGCAAUCGCACUUUGCGGUAUCGCGGCGGGAAAUAACGUACGUGCACUACUUGGACUGCGGUUUAAUUCGCACUUAAACCAUUAUUGGCUUCAUUCUAUUCUUGUAUUGAUACCUAAUGAACAAUAAAGAUAGAGUAUCAAUAGCGCUUUGAACGUGAAUCGGACCACAGCCUUGGAAGAAAGCGAAACGAUUCGAUCGUUAUUACAUAUUAAAGCCGGUGGUGGGGUGUCGCCGGAAAUUCUACUUUUCUCAUACUCUCCACCCUUUUUCUCAUCGAGCCUCUAUCAACUCGUGCGUGCGUGUCAAAUGCGUGACGAGAAGCGACGAGGAAGUCACGCAAGCAACACGAUUUAUUUGCUCGCAGCAAAUGUAUCUGCAAACAUGGAUAUUUGUGAUAGCGCAUAUAACUUAUGCUCAAUAUGUCAUCGCCAAAUCUGGAUUAUGCAACGGCUACAAGUCUGGCGAAGACGAUCUGCAGACGUUCGACUUCAUCAGCAAGCUGAAAUUGGACUCCGGUUACAUUGGCAUGACGAAGGUCCGGGGCAGCAAUCGCAUGCAGACUGCAUACCGUCUGGAGAAAGACAAUGAUGUCACUCUUCCAAUGAAAAACAUUAUACCCAACGGACUUCCAGAAGAAUUCUCGUUAGUGUACUCACUGAGAGCUAGGAAAUUACCGAAGUAUCCUUGGCAUGUCAUUAAGAUUGCGGACGCAAACGGCGACGCUCAGUUUCUCAUCACGAUGAAUUCCAAGAAGCGAACGCUGGAUUUUUCAUCGAUCGACCACGAGGGAGAAUUACAGACGGUUUCCUUCAUAAAUAAUCGCGUGUUCGACAGGGGUUGGCACAAGGUAAACUUUGGAGUGUUCAAGGAUAAGUUAAUUCUUAACAUCGAUUGUGAAUUCGUUGGCAUGGAAGAAUUAAAACCGCGCAGGCCAGUCAAAGUCGACGGAGAUAUAUCGAUAGCCAAAAUGAGCAAUAGUAAGAUCACUGUACCGAUUGAUGUGCAAUGGAUGGUUCUAAAUUGCGAUCCAACGAGACACGAAAGAGAAACGUGCGAGGAGCUGCCGAAGACCGUAGCUGCUCCACUUCAACUAAAACCCACUUGCGACAUGAUCUGUCCGCAAGGACCACGUGGAUUUAAUGGUACAAAUGGACUUGCCGGUCCACCUGGGCCACCCGGAGCACCGGGACCAAUUGGUACUACAGGUAUACCAGGAUUUCCAGGGCAACGUGGACCACCAGGGGAACAAGGAAUACCAGGAAUUCCAGGUAACAUUGGUGCAAGAGGUUUUCCAGGAUUACAAGGUUCCAAAGGAUCGAACGGCCCAGUGGGACCAUCAGGUUUACCAGGCCCAAAGGGAGAAAGAGGCGAUAUGGGAUUCCCGGGUCUGAAAGGAGAUCAAGGUCCUCGAGGAUUUCCAGGUCCACCAGGAAAUAUGAGCGAUUUUUUUCUUGGUUCGCUGAGAUAUAAGGGUGAGAAAGGAGCCAAAGGUGAACAAGGAGAUAACGGAGUUCAGGGACAACCGGGUGAAAAAGGCGAAUCUGGAGACAGGGGAUAUCCGGGAUUAGAUGGCUCCCGCGGUCGAGACGGUGCACCAGGCCUUCCUGGCCUUCCUGGACCUCCUGGUCGUCCUGGAUCUCAAGGCAGCACUGUAUUUAUGAACACUUCUAGCAUUCCAGGGCCACAAGGUCCUCCUGGCAUAAGAGGACUACCAGGUCCACCAGGACUGCCAGGGUUACCAGGACCUCCGGGUCAAAUAGGCCCAAAGGGCGAUAUCGGAGAACGUGGUCGAGAUGGCAUGCCGGGAUUGAUGGAUAAUAAUGUACCGGGACCACCUGGUCCCGAGGGUCCUGUUGGUCCUCCUGGCGAUGAUGGUCUGCCAGGUGAUAAAGGAGAAAUUGGACCAAUGGGCCUUGCAGGACCGCCUGGAGUUCCAGGAAAGGAUGGAUAUCCAGGAUUACCAGGACCGCAGGGACUACCAGGGCCACGCGGAGAACCAGGGUCUCCAGGUCUUCGAGCUUUAGAUGGACUCGCGGGAAAACCGGGACUGCAAGGAAAUGAUGGAAAACCAGGCCAGAAAGGUAACAAAGGACAAGAAGGCGAACAAGGACCUGUUGGACCUCGCGGUCUACCAGGAAAUUCGGGCUUAAUGGGUUCACCAGGCGUACCAGGUGAACCAGGAUUGGAAGGGAGACCAGGUCAACCUGGUCCUCCAGGCUCAAUAGGCCCUCCAGGACCUCCAGGACCUCCUGGUCUUUCAGCUGCGAACAGUAGCUUUGAUAGCACUGGUAAUCCCGGUCUCGAGGGACCUAGAGGUUCUCCAGGUCCUCCAGGCAUACCAGGUGAAAGAGGAGCUCCUGGAGAACGAGGACCGACAGGUCAAAUAGGACCGCCCGGAAUACCCGGUAAAGACGGAGCGCCUGGAUUGCAAGGUCCACCUGGGAACAGAGGCCAAACGGGAUUACCCGGGCUUCAAGGUUUAUCGGGCCAUAGUGUAAGCGAAGCGGAAAUUCGCGAUAUUUGUGCCAGUGUUCUGAGAGAACAGAUGACCGCAAUGGCAGCACUAAUACAAGGUCCACCUGGUCUGCCUGGUCGAGGUCGUCCGGGCCGUCCUGGAUUACCUGGUCCCCAAGGUCGCCCAGAGAGACUGAAAGAACUAAUAGAGGGUCUACGAGGGCUACCCGGUUUACCGGGACCGGCUCGACACGGUCGUCCCGGUCGAGCCGGAAAACAGGGCAUUCCAGGUGAUCCAGGAUCACCGGGUUUGCCGGGGGAACGCGGUUUCGUUGGUUUACCGGGGUCGCAGGGUCCUAUCGGUCCACAGGGACCACCUGGUGAACGUGGGGAAAAGGGAGAUAGAGGCCCGGAAGGAAUCGGUUUGGAAGGCUCGCCUGGCCAAACAGGUCCACCAGGGCCUCCUGGUAAUGACGGCGUCGGUUUACCCGGAAGACAAGGAGACAGAGGUGAACCAGGUAGACCAGGUGUCCCUGGUGCGAGAGGGCCGCCAGGAGUUCAAGGAUCACCUGGAUAUUGCGAAUUCUGCAAUUAUCCUGGCAGCAAUUAUUUGCUUAAUCGUGGAAAUGAGAAAGGUCCUUGAUCAGUUGUAGGAACUAAUUUUUAGGAUAUAGCGAAAGAAGCACUGCAGGAAGAGAGAUAUUGUUAAAAAAACGUAGUCUAUGUACUUUCUGUACAUGUGAAUGCUUUUAUAACUUAGCUCCCAAUCCCUAAAAAUUUCUUACAAAGCACUGCCAUGUAAAGCUAACGUUUUUCUAAAUUACAAUUUAAUCCAAUGUAUUAUUUAAUAAAACGCAUUUCUCGAUA